AUGGGUGUAGACAGAGAAGGAGGGGUGUUCCGGGAGGAGAGAAUGGAUGAGCACAGAGAGGCCAUGGCAAAAGGAGGAGAACAGCAAGGAGUGCAGAGAGCAGAAUGUAAUGUCAAAUCAGGGUGGGUGGAGUCAGGAGGAAAAGGGACAAUUACUAAAAGUAAAAAUGAGUUCAUCUAUGUAAUUCUAUCAUCAUUAAACAAAAUAGUGAGACGAGUAAAUGAUCUUGAUAAAUUCAUUGAAGACUUAUUUGGAAAACUAGAUAAAGGGAUUCAUAGCAUCUCUUCUAAACUUAAGAUUUUACAAGAAAAUAUAAUCCAGCUAACUAAUACUAUUACUUAUAAAAUUCCAAAUGAAGUAUUAUUCAUGCAAGUGUGGAAAUCAAGGAAGACUUUUCCAAAUAUAACUAUUGAAACACAGCAAGUAUACUCCUGUACAUCAUUACCUAUUAAUAUCUUUGAAAGAAACAAUGCUAAUAUAGUAAUACCACUUCUUACAGUGCCUUCGUACCACCAAAGUGAUAUGGAAGACUCAAGUUCUUCUGAUGGUUCAUUCAACCCAUUUUUAUAUUGUUCGAAAUUUGUAAAAGAAAACAUACAAACAAGUGAGAAACACUUACAGGACAAGAAUCUAGACCACGACAGUGAAUCAAAAGAUAUGCUACAAUGUCAACUGGUGAAAGAACUUAUCUCUGUGGAUCACAUUCGAAGCUCUGGUAGUGCAGUAUCUCAUUCAUAUUUAGAUCAAUCGGAAGGUAGAUCUUCAUUCUACAUUUUUCCACUGAAUAAGAGAAAACCUCAAGAAAAAUCUGCAGUGAACAUCUUAUCUGGUGAGAAAAAAUGUCUACAUUACAAUAUUGAGCAUAUGAACAAUUCACGUCAUCGUGUCCUUUAUGGAACUGGUAAGGGGGAAGUGGUGCUCAGCCAGCCACUACCUCUAACUGAUUAUACAACAGAUGUAUUUGUCAACCCUCUAGCACCAGAAGCACCACCGUUACCAUCUGAUUGGCUGAUCCAACUUACCAGUUCUAAAGGGCCAUCUGCUCCUAGAGUUGUAAGCUCCAUAAGCUCACCAGAAACAUCUCCAUUACUUGUUUUGGAAACUACAACUGCAACAACAUCUGCUUGCUUAAAAACCACUUCUAAAAUAGAUCUAAAGAUGUCACCUGAAUUCACUUCAACACCAGAAUCUCUUGAAUGUUUUGAACUGCAACCAGAUGAUCUAAGUCCAAGGAGUCAAGAUCAGAUGAUCCCUCCACAUUUAUAUCCAUCAGUAACUUCACUAAGUAGUAAGUCAUGGGAUUCAGUUGUGGAUGUUAUUGACCACACUUUAGCUUCUUUUCCACAAUCACUGAAAUCUGUAAAAUCAUCACCAGUAUCUCCAUCAAAAUCAAGAGCUGCAUGUAGACCACUACCACAAAAACAAGUCCACAAUACAUCAGGGUCGUCAAGUGUCCAAUUAUCAAGAUCUUCCAGGGUAUCACAUCAUUCUCUUUCAUUAUCUGCCUCAUCAAGCCCCCAAACACAAAUUUCUUCAAAUCUGUCACUGUCACCAAAACGUUCGGUGAGCCACUUAACAAAACUUAUCGAAGCACAGUCAAGAUCACCCAUGACGUAUUCACCACAAUCAAAACUAUCAUGUUUCACCUCAACAAAAGUUACCACUCUACAGUCAACAUUGUCUUCUCUGAAAUCUACAUCCAUUUCAAGCCGUAGAGCUCUAGCAAUAAGUCAGUAUGCAAUAGUGCCACCAUAUGCCGAUGUAAAGCAAAAUCCUCCAUCAAUCCUGCCUAUAUUGAGCAAAGCAAGGAAAGCGUUGAUGGAAGCAAUAAGAAAAGGCAUUCAACUACAUAAAACUCGAGAAAAUAUACCAAAAGGUGAAACCGAGUUUCCUGAAAAUGAAGCAGAUAUCAUCCGGAUCCGUCGUAAAGCUAUGGGGUAUAAUUCAGGAAAAUCAGAUAGUGAGACUGACUGGGUUGAAUAA